UUCUACAAUGAUUGCAGUUGGAAGGUGUGGUAACCUUCUUUGGCCGGGUUGCAAUACUGAUAGACCAGAAUACACAGGCAUUCCACAUGUUCAUUACUGCUCUUCUUCAGCUGUUGGAUCGAUCGGGAUUACUAUAUGGAGAGCUUGCUAGAUUUGUGUUGAGACUGUUGGGAAUUAGAGCAAAGCCUAAAAAGGUUCAGCCACUCCUGAUGAUGGUUUAUGAGACUGAUUUAUACCACUGAGACUCAAAUAUGUGUUCCAUUAGUUUAAUGGUAUUUUAUAGUGUGUAGGUUUUUUCAUUUUUCAUUCAAAAAUUUUUAAUGGCAAACAUGAUUCAAGCUCCAAGGUUUAUUUGGCAGCACUGCUCACAUUGUUGUUUUUCUUGUCUUUCUCUCCCCCAUUUGCUUGGAUUUUUAAAAGCAACAUUUUUUUUUGCUACUAGGGAGAGAAUUUACUUUCCCUUCAUUUGUGAAGCAAAUCAUACCAUAAUAGAAAGCUAUUGUGAUGAUGAGAGAAUGGUGUUAUCUUCACACAGGCAAAGCGUUGAUGUCGAUUAAGGCGUCGUUUAGCAACAUAGCAAAUGUGUUGCUGGACUGGGAUGUUGUUCACAACGAUGAUUUCUAUUCAUGGCGUGGCGUCUUCUGUGACAAUGUCACCCUAUCUAUUGUUUCUCUGAAUUUGUCAAAUUUGAACUUGGGUGGGGAGAUUUCACCAGCCAUUAGAGACCUGAAGAAUUUACAGUCCAUGGAUUUUCAAGGGAACAAAUUAACUGGUCAAAUUCCUGAUGAGAUAGGCAACUGUGUUUCUCUGAUGCUGGUGUAAAAUUUCAUCUUCUUUCUUCAUUGCAAUUUUAUUUACAUAUAUGUGGAUGUAUUAAUAUCUUCUUCUGU